AUGGCAUCAGAACCACAAUCCUCAGAAUCAACUCCGGUUCCAGCCCACCUCGACCCAAAAACCUACCCACGCACUCACCACAACCCAACCCAAAACAUUCACAUUACCCUAACCUACGAAACUCUGGACCCAAACACCUACCUAUCGCAAACCGCUUCCCCAGCAGCAGGCGCCAAUACACUUUUCCUUGGUACAACGCGCGACACCUUCGAAGGCCGCUCCGUCUCGCAGCUCAGCUACACAACUUACCCGCCUCUAGCGCUAAAGACGCUAGCGGGGAUCGCAGAGGCAGCCGUGAAGACGCAUCGACUUGAGGGUGUAAGUAUUGCGCAUAGACUCGGGACUGUGCCGAUCGGGGAAGCUUCGAUUGCGAUUGCUGUUAGUGCAGGUCACCGAGGUGCGGCGUGGAGAGCGGGUGAGGAGGUGCUCGAGGCUUGUAAGGAGAAGGCGGAGAUCUGGAAGAGGGAAGAGUUUGUUGAUGGGGGGAUGGAGUGGAGGGCUAAUGCGGAUCGGGAUGCGGAGGGAAAGGCUGUGGGGACGGGGGUUGUGUAG